UCGGCUCGCGGGCACAAAACCGAUAAUCGUGUACACACGCAGACGAGCACGGUGCCAUUGCUCUCUCUUUUUUUUUGUUUUUCAAUCCAAAUAGUGCGUGCAAGAACAUCGUUCCUUCAGUGCAGUAGUUUGACAGACGUCGUUUUUUUUUUUUUUUUUUAGUGCACACACGUUAUAUCACCCGAUACCUUAAUUGAUGUCGAUAAAGAGCAGCAGCCGCAUGCUCCCGGCAGCGUCGGCGGUGUCGGCGGCAGGAUGCGGAGUCGAGAGCAAACGGGCCGGGAAAACCAUCACCUGCAUGCGCAACGGGAAAACUAGCAGCGGGAGCAACUGCAGCACCAACAGCAGCAGCGCCAGCAGCAACAGCAGCGGCAACAACAACAACGCGUUUGGCAACACUUCACCGGGCACGAAGAGGGAAGUCGAGGAGGAGGAGGAGGACCACGAGGACGAGGACGACGAGGAGGAGGAGGAGGAGGAGGAGGAUGACGAGGAGGAGGACAGUUUGCCGCUGAAGCAGGAGCCGUACGACUCGUAUUACGACGAAGCGGAGUACUUGCACCAGCAGCAGCUGGCCGAUGCGGAGGGGUCGUUGCAGCAGACGGGCCGCUCGGGGGCCGCGACUUACCCUACCAUACUGACGAGGGUGCGCUCGCACUCGCGCAGCCUAAGGGCCAUGGCUAACCCGAGCGCCGUGUGGGCGCACUUUGACCUGUGCUCCAACGACCCGCUGAGGGCCCAGUGCAGGAUUUGCGGGGCCGUGGUUGUCAGGGGUGGCGCCAACCCCAGGCAGUGCGGCACCACGAAUCUCCACCGGCAUCUCAGGGUGCAUCACGGAGGCAGGCUCGUCGGCAAGAGAUACCAGGUUGUGAACGACAAGCGGGAGCACAACGAGCAGAAGGCGUUGCGAGCGGCCACGCAGAACCUCGUGCGCCAGAUGCGCCAGAUAGCGCCGGCUUUGACGUCGACGAGUCCUCAGAGCAACGCCCAGCGCCAGGCCCAAAAGAUCCAGCAGACGGUCCAGGCCGCCCAACAGCAGCAAAAGGAGCAGCAGCAGAAACAAAGGCAGCAGUCCUCGGGGCAGUCGAAAAAGUCCUUGCUGCUGAAAUCGAUACCCGUGAAGGUGAAGCCGGUCGUGUCGAGUGCCGCCAAGAUGCCGUCUCAAGCGGUACGACACAGCUUGCAGAACUUUCAACAGCUACCUCAGACGAUCUUGCCGCAGCAGCCUACCGAGGUCUGCCUGAGGUGGAACAGUUACCACAGCAACAUGCAGCACAGCUUCCCGUCGCUGCUGGACAGCGAGGAAUUUGUCGACGUGACGCUCGCCUGCGAGGGCCGCUCGCUCAAGUGCCACAAGAUGAUUUUGUCCUCGUGCAGCGACUACCUCGCCCAGUUGCUGCGCGAAAACCCCUGCCAGCACCCCAUUAUACUGAUGCGCGACCUCAAGUUUUGGGAAGUCGAGGCGCUCGUCAAGUUCAUGUACAGGGGCGAGGUCAACGUUACCCACGACAAAUUGCCCCAGUUGCUCAACGCCGCCGAGACCCUACAAGUCAAGGGGCUCGCCGGUCCGAGCAACACCCAGAAUCCAAAGCCUCCUCUGCUGAUACCCCAGCCGAGGGCAUCCGCUCACCACUCGAUUAACCGCUCGCGCACCGAAACCAAAGACAAACCAUCGACCUCGACCUCGAACUUGCUUCCCAACAUACCGUUGGACUACGCCCGUAACCACAUUCCUACCAGCACCCCCUACGCGUCGUCAAUCCUCAAACGCGGCAUCAAACGCCGCAAGGCGGAUCUCGGCGACACGCCCGAGGCUCGUCCCUUCACGAAAAUCCGCCUGCAACGGCCAGUCACACCGUCGAUCGGUAAACAACGGGAUUCCAAAAUCAGAGCCGGCAGUGGUGGUGGGAACAGCAACAUUGUCACCGCUGCUGCCGCCCUUGGAGGUGAGGGCGGUAACGUCGACACACCAGCCGUCAAGGAGGAGCCGAUGGACGUUCCCCUCAGCCCAGGCGACCACCUGUACCAGCCGCAUCCUCGGGACGACGACGACAGCUCGGACGGGCACACCUUCGAGUCGAUCAUCAGGAUGCACCAAGAAGAGGACCCCGGUGGGGAAAAUACGGAGCUUGCCGAUCCGGGCUCCGACUACGAUAACAACGACGACGACGAGGAUGACGACGACGAUGACGAGGACGAUGACGCGGAGCACAUGGAGUUUGUGCCCACGGACUUUCUGGAGCAGGAGCAGAACAUCGUGGAAGAGCCCGAGGAGCAGUCGAACCGCAGUAGUAUGAGCUUCGCCGAUGACGAUUCCAAGCGAAACGAUCGAGACGAAAGGGUGGGAAGUGAGCAGGGCGAUGUGGUCGAGGAGGAAGAUGAGCAGGAGGACGAGGUCGGGGAGGUCGUGGCAAAGAGAAAAGGGGAGCCAGGUGGGCUAGAGCAAUCGAAAAAGGACAAGGAUAAAACGUAAGGCGGUGUAAUGUGUCUGUGAUCGUUGGCUAUAUCUAAAUUCUAAAUAAAAGUGUAUUUUCUUCGUUUUCGCGAGAAAAAAGAUGCAGUCGUUCGUAAGUGUUGCGUCGCGUAGCGGAAAAGAAAGAUUAUUUACUCGAGAAAAAGUAUUAAAAAAACGGUGUUUUUCCUUUAUUUUUUUUUUUUCUAAUUCUUUUUUACGAUAUAUUUUUUUUUUUUCUUUAGUGAUUGUGUCUGAAAGUUUCAGCUAUUCACGUGUUUUGAGCUUACCUUAAAGCGUAAGAUUGAUACUUUUGGCGUUGUUGGUUAGUACUUGUUCUUUUAAUGGAAAUGGUUGACAUUUUUACUGUAUUUUUAUUUGACAAACAAGGUUACUAUGAGAGUUACGUUACUUUUGCAAGUCAAUUCAUGUAAAAAUUGAUUGAAUGCGCGUUAACGAUUCAGAAAAAACAAAAAAAAAGUUUAUUCAGUCAAUUUGCUCAUUACUUUAUUUUGAUGAUUAUGUAAAUGCCAGUGCAUUCAUGCAUAAUAAGCAUAAAUCAGUAUUUACUUUUUCCGCAGAUUCAAAUGAGGAAGAAACUAAAAUUUUCUUUGAAACGGCCCAAUUUUCACGUUUUUCGUCAUCAUUAUUAUUAUUAUUCUUAUUGUUUUUUUUUUUUGGUUUUCAUACAUUCGUCUCAACUGCUGAAUAACGUAUCUUUCCUUAGCAUUUAUCUAUACAAAUCAUAAAUGUAAAAAUAGUAAGAGUACCGUAAUUUUUUGUAUUUCAGAUAAGCUUAUUAUUACUUGUGUAUUUCUAUUAGUUUGAUGGCCAAACAUUCAAUAUUGUGAUUUUCUUUCAUACUUUACUAAGUAAGUGUAUAUAAAAACUACAAAUAGUAUAAAAUAAUUUAUACUUAAGUCAUUUAUAUUUAAGUACAAUUGUGCGUAACUAUAAUUUUAACGCAUCUAAGAAGAACCUUAUAUCAAAGAUCUUUAAAAAUUUUAACAUUUAAAACGUCGAUUACUGAAAAGGAUUUUUAUAGAUCUUUAACUUUGGAAUCGAAUCUACUUUCGACAUUACCUACAUAUUAUAAUAAUGUUCAAACUUCCACAAUGCCAAAUUUCAAACAUUACAAAAACUCUCCGAUUAGGAUAAAGUUGUUUAUUACUUCUGAAUACAUAGGUCAUUGAAUUCACUUGUCUAAUUGGCUUUCUUUUUUUUUGUCAUAGUGUUUUAUUCAUUCAAUAUAAUGUAUUGUGAAAUUCAUUGCAUCCCAAAUAUCUCACAGUAGAGUAUUUUAAGUAAAUUACCGGCUCUGUAUUGUACUUGUGUGCCAUUUAUAAUAAGAUUCGCUUUAAGAUUUUAAUUUAUGCAUUUAACGAUCAGAUUCUGAUAGUUUUAACGACGGAAAUAGUGUAUAUUGCAGUGUUAUAUUUUUUACCAUAAGAAAAACUUAAUCAUCAGUAUACGUACAAUUGUCUGUACUUGUAAGAAAGUGAAAAAAUGUUCACUGUCAUCGAAUGAUAAAAACCAAAUUUAUCUUUAAUAUAAAUAUUAUCAUCCUGUAUAAAGCGAUGUCUUGAAAAUAAAAAAUUAGAUAAGCAUCAAUAAAAUUUACUUCAUUUGUAAAUCAUUGUCAUCACGAAGAUAAAAUUAUGCCUGUUUGAACAAAGGUUAGGACAAAAACACUUAUUUGAAAACAAAAUGUUUCAUUCUGGUGUCGUCAGAU